AUGUUUGAUCCAUUGAAGAAUUAUAACUUUGAUCGUAUGAACAAUCUCGUCCGUAAAAUUGGACAAGAUCAAGAAUAUUUAAAUUCCGAUGCAAAUACAGCAUCCAAUAUUCUCCCACAAUCAUUCAACGAUCAAAAUACAACCAUUGUCAAUUUAAAAUUCGAUGAAUUUUUAGACAAUAUUGAGCCAUUGAAACCAUUUCUAAAGAAUAUUGAAACAUUUAUCAUUUCACACAAUGGGUUGAAUGAAGAAAUGGUUUCAGAAAAAGUGAGUCCUCAAGAGCUGAAGGUUCUCUCACAACGCUGCACAGAAUUGGAUAUCAGUUGUAACAACUUUUCAAACAUUUUACAUGGAAUUUGGAAUUUUAUUAAUGAUGAGGGUUGUGUGUUGAGAAAGUUGGACGCUCACAGCAAUAGAUUUGCAGAAUGGCUCGUUGAGAAUCCUCAGAAUGGAACGUGGCUGUCUAAACUUGAAGUUUUAAAUUUAAAUAGUAAUAGAUUGACUCAAUUUUUGCCUCCUUCUCUCAGCCAAUGUUGUGGUAAUAAUAUUUUGAGCUCUCUUCAAUUUUUAGACCUUUCGAACAACAACAUGGCAAAUUUAGAGAGUUUGAACACAAUUCUGAUGAGUGGACAGUUAAGGUCAUUGAAAGUUUUACACAUGAAAAAGAAUAAGCUGUCAGGAGUUCUCAAGCAUGUUACAACGAAUAACCAACAUGUAUGCAAGAACACGUCUAUUGAAGAAAUUUAUUUAGACGAUAAUCAAUUGGAGCAAGUUGAAACUUCAUGGAUUUGUGCAUUGCCAAAUUUGAAAAUCCUUUCGUUGGCAUUCAACAAGUUGAAAGAUGUAGAGAUAUUAGAACCAGCACACAUUGAAAAGAUUUAUUUACACUCUAAUGAAAUCACUACCUUAGACAAUAUGAAAGGAAUCUUUACUGACUCUUUGAAAGUAUUGUCGAUUCAUCAAAAUCAAAUCAAUAGCCUAACAGAUGAACUUGGUAAUUGUAGUACCAGCUUGUGUGAAAUUACACUCUUCAACAAUAAGAUUCAAAGGUUGCCACCCAAUUUGUUCCAACUUACUCAAAUUGAAGCUCUCUAUUUGCAAAACAAUGAGCUGAGUGAAAUUUCUGAAGAAAUUGGUAAUUUGCAAAACUUGACCGAAUUAGAUUUAUUUAAUAACAAGCUCACAUCCAUUCCUUCGUCUAUUGGCAAGCUUGUUAAAAUGAAGAGAUUAUGCCUUGAUAACAAUGAUCUUAGAACACUUCCAACGGAUAUCAUUAAUUUAACCAAUCUCAUUUCAUUCAGUUUUCAUGGAAAUUCUAAUUUAAAGGUUUCUCCAUAUUUAACAAUGAUGGCAACAGGAUUGUAA